AUGAAAGCAGCCCUACACUUUUUGCUUCUCUGCCUCUCUGCUGCCGUGCUGGUGACACAACCGCACCUGGCGGUAGCCGCGUCGGCGUGCGUUGCCGACUUGCCCGCUCGGAUCAAUUUCCCAGCCUUUCCCAACCUUGGCGCAGCGGCCCUCGCCGUGGGCGACCUCGACGGCGACUCGCACGACGACGUCGUGGUCGUUACUGGGACCAAGCUAGCCUGGUCCCGGUACAACGCUACUGCGGGCUGGUUUGAUCGCCAGCAUAUUGUGUGGCUUCCCGGCGACGAUGGUUUGGGAGCCAUUCGGAACGUUGUCCCCACAGACGUCGACCUCGACGGCGAUCUGGACCUGGUGGUCCACGCCGAUGUGGAUGCUGCGGCGUGGUUCGAGAACCUGGAUGGCAGCGGUAGUUUUGGCAACUUUGUUCCGCUCUUUGGCACGCUGAGUACGACCUCGACUGCCGUCCGAGUCGUUGAUCUAGACAGCGAGGACGGCCCGGACGUCAUCACCGUCUACGGCGACUCGGUUGGUUGGUUUGCCAACCGCGGCAACGGCAGAUUUGCAGAUCAGGAGCAGUUGAUCUCUUCCAGUGAUCAGCUCGAUCACGUGGCCGCUGGCAACCUCGACAGCGAUGAAUUCGUCGAUCUUGUCAUCGUUGCAGAGACCGCCAACUACGUUGAGCUGUACACCAACUUGGGCUAUGAGGAGUUUACUCUUCGCCAGUCGGUGAGUCUGGUCCGGCCGUACUUUGUCGAAGUGACUGAUGUCGAUAACGAUGGUGACAACGAUGUGCUGGUCGCCUCUCGCGAGCUUCUCGACUACCGCAUCGGGCUGUACAUCAACGAUGGCACGUCUGCCCCGUUCACGUGGACGAGCAACAUCUACUUUUCCGAGCAAGUCAUGAGCUCCUUUACUCUCGCGGACGUUGACAGCGACGGCUUCAUAGACAUCUUGCUCACCGCUGAAGAGCGUCCCUUUGGAGUCGGCCUUCUUCUCAACCAAGGCAGCCGUACGUUUGCCCCGGUCCGUGGCAUCAGCCCAAGUGUGGAGAGCGCAGGGCCAAUCGCCACGGGCGACUUUGACAACGAUGGCGCGCUCGACUUUGUCGCUUCUCUGAGCGUGAAGCUGCGAAGUACUGACGUUGUCGCCUUUCGCAGCGCUGACGGCGGAGCAGGCUACCAGUACGACAACGCCACGGUGGCAGCCUCCCAGGACGGCGCCGAUGACAUGGCUGUUGCAGACAUCGACAACGAUGGCCAAUUCGACGCUAUUGUCGCCUCUUUCAAACUCGGAACCAUCUCCUGGCUUCCGUUUGUGCCUGGCACAGGCGACUUUGGCCAGCUGCAGCUUGUCGGAAACCUGGCCGAUGUGGUCUCUGUGCUUGCACUUGACUUUACCGGUGAUGGCGCUCCCGACAUCGCCGCCAUCUCGCCUUCAACGCUUGUGGUCUUCCCCAACGCCGUCGGUCUCGAGGCCUUUGGUCCAGCUUUGGUUGUCACCGUCGACGGUGGCGCAAGCCAGGAUACACUUGCUGGUGGUGACAUUGACGGCGAUGGCGACAACGAUAUCGUCUUUUCGAAUGCUACCGGCGUUGUCAUCGCUCCGUCCGACACGCCCACUCCCCUCGCCUUUGGCCCGCUUGUCCUCUUGCCCAUGCCGCACUCUCCUGUGAGCCUCGUCGUUGCUGACAUCAAUAGCGACGGCCACCUCGACAUUAUCUCGAGUAAUGGCUUCGAGCCGCCGAGCUGGCUGGAGAACAGUGGAUCGAGUCCCGACCCGAGUUGGGUUGAGCACACGCUCCCGGGCGUGAACUGGGCUGUCUCUCUUGUUGUUGCCAUGGAUGUGGAUGGCGAUAGCACGCCCGACCUUGUCGUUGCACGCAACAAGCAGGUGGCAGCAGGCUCAUUCGCAACGCUGCACUCUGUUGCCGCCCUGGAGCGCUCUGUCACUGACAUUGCCGGCAUCGACUAUGACGGCGACGGCGACGUUGAUCUGGCGGUGGCAUCCAUGGCCACCGCGGUUAUGCUUGUCGAAAACAUGGAUGGUCUCGGGACGUUCGGAGCUGUGCACACGCUUACCAACGUCGGCAUGGACAGCCGUCGCGUCCGAGUUGCAGUCAAUGACUGGAACGGCGACGGGCGAGCUGACAUUGCACUUGCCAGACAAGACUCCAUCAGCCUCGCGUGGCUGGCAAACACUGGCGCGCCUGUGGUCUUUGGUGUGCCGACCAACCCCAACCUGAAGUUUCUCGAUUCGCGAAACGUAGAGGUUGUCGUUGCCGACUUUGAUGGUGACAUGGACCUCGAUAUCGCGGUCGGGCUCGAGAGCACGGUCACGACGUCGACCGUGAUUUGGUUCGAAAACAGCGAUGGUGCUGCCAGCUACGGCAACCAGCGGCACGUCUCGGACCUGGACCGUUCCGGGGCGCUUGUUGCGGCUGAUUGGGACGGCGACGGCGAUGUCGAUAUGGCGUCGUGGUCGUCGUUUCCCAGCUUUUCCAUCAUUGUCCAUGAAAACAUCGACGGCUCCGGCAACUUUGUCGAUGUGACCGUGGCGAGCGGAGUCGAGAACGCUGAUGCGAUUCUUGUCGCUGAUGUCGAUGGCGAUGGCGAUUCUGACAUGCUCAUUUGCAUGGCCAAACCUGCUGCUGCUGACAUGGCUUAUUCGUUCUCAGCAAGUGGAAGCGGCAGCGGAAGCGGUUCGGGCUCGAGCUCGAGCUCGGGUGGAGGAACGGCCUCUAGCGGCACGGCCUCGAGCGGCACAAGCGGCUCCGGGGGAUCGAGCACCUCCGGGGGAUCGAGCACCUCCGGGGGAUCGAGCACUGGCGGAUCAGCCUCAACUACUGGAUCAACAACCGGAACGACAACUGGCUCGACUACAGGCCCACCUCCACCGUCCCCGCCGCCGCUCGACCGGGUGUGGGCCUGGCUUGAGAACCGGGAUGCGCUCGACGGGUGGGCGCAGCCGGUGACCGUCUCGGGCUUGAUCUACGAGGCAGCAGACAUCGAUGCAUUAGCCAUUGACAUGACCGGUGAUGGUGCUGCAGAUCUUGUUUGGAAGGGACCCGGAGCCGACGCUGACCUUGUGUUUAUGGUGCCGCGCCUCGGCGGAAUGAUGCCGCUCUAUGGCGCGCGCCAGGUCCUCAUCGAUCCGUUCGACUUGAUAGGUGCGGUUGGCGGCGGCGACGUUGACGGCGACAGCAAUGCCGACAUUGUGCUCGCUACGAGGCAGGGUAUGGAGCUGUACCUCAAUACCGACGGCACAGGGGCGAUGGGGCCGAAGAUCAUGCUUGCGGGCGGCGCAGCGGCCAGCACAACAGCUGUUUUGGUUGUGGACAUCGAUGGUGACGGCGAUGUCGACAUCAUCGCCUCGCAGAAAACGUUUACCAGCAUUACCCACGGCGCGGUGUUUUGGUACCGAAAUGCUGGCGGUGGUGACCUUGGUACACGCCUUCGGGUUGCACUCAACGCCGAUGCGGAAGCCCUUGCGGUCGGCGACCUGGACUCUGACGGCGACCUGGACGUCGUCUGGAUCUCUGCAGCUGUGGAGUCGCCGUCGCCGCUACCGCGCUUGUUCUUCUCCAGGCAGCUGUCGCGGACCGGAUGGUAUGACUACCAGCCCCGUGAGUACGGGCUUGACAUGUCCGCGUCUGAGUGUACGUCGCCGACCUCGCUUGCAUGCGUCAGCCGAUCGCUGGCCCGCAUGCCGUCGUGCGUCCGGAACGUGCUAGUCCUCCCACAGGGCAGGUACGGCUGCCGGGUCUCGGACCACCUUGUGGCGCGCCGCGUUUUUGACUGCGAGUCGACCGGUGGCGGCGUCCUGUUCCGUGUCGAACCGCCUGCGCAUGUUGAACUGGAAGGUGUCGAGAUCCGACACACCACAGCUGGCGUCCACUCUCAGACCGGUGUUCCUGGCCUGAGGGUCGCCGGGGCCGGAGCACAGCUCUCGAUCAUCAACGCCACGGUGGUGGGCGGGCAAUCGUUGAUGACAUCGACGUCAAGCGCAUCUAACACCGGGUAUGGCGGCGCCAUUCUCGCCCUCGAAAGUGCCGAUCUGGAGCUGAGAGAUACAAGCUUGGAGGGGUGCAAAGCCAACUACGGUGGCGCCAUCUGUGCCAUCGGGGCAAACGUGAGUAUGGCUCAGGUGUCCAUCAGUGGAAGCUCGGCAACAGAGCUCGGUGGCGCCGUGGCAGUGCUUGACGGGGGCUCUCUGGCUGCAAGUGCAAGCUCCAUCAGUGGGUGUCGCGCUGACAGCAGCGGCGGUGGAGGCGUGGCGUUGGUGUCGGGCGCAAGCAUGGAGGCCGAGUCACUGCUGGUGACCGGCAACACGGCUGUGCUUGGAAUCGGUGGCGGCAUGCUUGUCCGCGCCGAUGCCGGCGUCGCCUCAUGCUCUGCCUGUGCGUUUUCGGGAAACCGCGCCGUCGUCGGUGGCGGCAUCGCCGCAGCCAGCGCAGCGUUUGGCACAGGCGCCAGCGCAGCCGCGGCCGUGACUAACGUGCCAACCGCAAGCGUCGCCGUUGCAGCUGCCCCGCACGUCCUCGAUCUGAAUGAGUGCGUGGUGAGUGCCAACACCGCGACGUUGUAUGGCGGUGGCGUAGCAGUAUGUGAUGCAACUGUUGCGCUUUCCGGAGCAGGGACUCGUUGGAGCGACAACAAGGCACAACUCGGGAUCGAGGGCACCAGCGGCGAUGGUUUUGUGUGCGCGAUGGCAGGAAACGAUGCGGCGCAAUCGAGCCGGGCAACUGCGCUGCCGUGGAUUUCGAGUUCGCCGGACAGCUCCGCGGCGCUUGAAGCAGCGGCCAUUCAUGGGCCUAUUGCUACCAUUGCCUGGGCUUCAGCGCCACAAUCCACUACUUUGCAGUCUGGUGAGAGCCUUCUGGGCACCAUCACAACACUCGAUUCGCUGGCGCAAUCUGCCGCAUACUACCAGGCGCGGAUGGUGUACGCGUUUGGUGGUGGAGCCAACGGGGUGCUCGCGGCGCCACUCUCGCGCGAAAUUGCGCCGCUCUCGCGCAACAUCGAGCUCCCGGACCUGGCUGCAGUUGUGAGCGCAACCGAGACUGCCCCUGCCAGCAUCGACUUUUCAAUCGCCAUGAGCGGGUCGGGGCUGGCAGUCGCGCCACUACGCGGGCAGGUGACCGUGACGGCGUGCGGUCCCGGAUUCGGGGGCGUGACCGAUGGAAGUGGUACGCUGUGUGUGGCGUGCUCGACGGGAACCUCGUCGGAUGAGACUUCGUUCGGCGAGUGCACCAGCCUUCCGCCAUGUCCUGCCAACACCAUCCGCACGGCAGGAGGCGCAGGGAGCAACACGACUGAAGGCGCGUGCGUGUGUAAGCCGUCGUUCUGGAUCGCAAGCGGAGCGAGCAAUGUGGCGUGCGAGGCAUGUCCUGUCGGCGCCGUAUGCGACGGCGGGGCGGCGCAGCCGCGCGCGGCGCCGGGCUUCUUCCCAGACACUGCUGAUACCACAACCUUCCAUCCCUGCCCGAACGCGAAAGCAUGUAGCGGCGAUGGGCGGUGCAAGCCGGGCUACGGCUCGCGGCUGUGUGCCGAGUGCACAUCGGGAUACUACAAGUUGCGCGGGAUGUGCUACAAGUGUGCGGAUGGGCAGAACGCCGCUGUGGUGACCGUUGUGGUUCUUGUGGUAGUGGGCGUCCUCGCUGCCCUGCUCUGGUUCAACCUCUCGGAGAGCGUGCGGUACAAGUUUGCGGCGGCAAUGAUCGGGCUCAACGCACUUCAGAUCAGCGCGAUGUAUGGGAAGCUCGAGCUCGACUGGGGCCCGGUGGCAGCGAUGUACUUUGAUCUUGCGUCUUUCCUCAACCUCAACUUUGAGCUGACCUCUCCCGAGUGCUCACUUGCGGCAGGUGUCGAUGCGUGGGUGCUCAAGUGGGCGCUGGCGCUUGUGCUCCCGCUGCUCCUUGGCGGUGUUCUGCUCGGAGUGGCACUGGUCUACGGCGUCCUGAUCCAAGUGCGGGCCGGAUGGUUUGCGAGCAAGACACAUAAUCAGCUUGUGGGCGCGUAUGGGCGGACGAUGUUCCAGUGCCUGGUGUUGAUGUACCUGCCGCUGACCGACGCGGCGCUCGCACCGUUUGGCUGCCGGCGUGACAGCUCGGGACGUUGGGUGCUCGACGCCGAUCCUGCACGGAGCUGCUACACGCGAGAGUGGUGGAUGGGGCUGUUUGGUCCUGGCAUGGCUGCGGUGAUGGUGUAUGCGGUGACAGUGCCUGUGGCGGUGGUGGGUGUGCUCAACCGGGCGGCGCGGCAGCUCGAUGAGCUAACCUUUGUGGUCCGGUUCAACUUUCUUGUGGGACGAUUCGCGCGGUCUGCGUGGUGGUUCGAGGCCGCGAUCAUGGUGCGCAAGCUCAUGGUAGCCAUCUGCAUGACAUUUUUCUUUUCUGAAGAGAACAAGGCCAACGCGGCGGUCUUUGCGCUGGUGGCUUCGCUGGGCCAGCUUCUUCUCGCCCAGCCGUAUGCGUCGGUGACCAACAACGUGAUGGCGGUGGUGGUGCUUGCGUCGACAGCCACCGUCUUGUACGCCGGCACCUUUGACGACUACUUGAUGCGGCGACUGCUUGUGAAUGUCGGCAUUGUUGUCAACCUCUUGGCCAUUGUGGUGGGCAAUGCGAUCGACGCGUGGCUGAUGACCCGCACCGAGAAGCGCACCGAGGCCGAGGAGUACUACGUGCCGGGCGUAGUCCAGAUGGAUUGUCUCGACACAGACGUCGAUGCGGCCGAUACCCGCACCAUGACCACCACUGAGCUCGGCAUCAACGGUGUUGAUGAAGACGGCGACCUCCCGCGCCUCCAUGUCGCCGAGCUCGGAUCGUCUCGGUGGUCGGCGGCUUCCGGCGAAUUAGCGACCGAGACCAUGCUUCCCGGCUCGGGCUCAACCGCGUGCUCGACCGGCUCGCUCCCUCCGCCCGCGCCGCCAGCACACCCAAGUCUCGAUUCGGGUGCGAUGGCAGAGAGUCGACCCGCUUAGCCGCUUGCCGCGCAACAGCCACCCCCAGGCAAGAGCAAGAGCAAUCUAAAUGAGACCAUGCCCCACCCAGCCCCAAACCCAGCCUCAUCCACCUCAUUCUCAUAAGGAACUACGCCAAUUCAUAUCCCCGAUCCUCCUCAGCGAGACCACAUCCCCAGCUGACGGGGCCAACCAUCCCCAGCCGCCAACUUGACCAAAGCCCAAGCAUCGCCA